CUAUCCAAUUUCUUUAGUCUAAAACUCUUCAAAUCGACUAAUCUAAUAAUCCCCUUUUCGCCAAGCUCCAAAAAAAUGGCAAAAACCCUAGUAAUCUUCACCAUUGUUCUUCUCCUGUUCGCCAUUUCUGUAUCUUCUUCAAACCCGGAUCCGAAUCUGAACCCGAAUUCGGAUCCGGCACCAUCGGAGGCACACAAGGUGCUAAUCAGAUUCGGGUUUCCCAUAGGGUUGCUUCCCAGGAACGUUAAUGGGUAUUCUCUGAACUCCAGUUCCGGCGAGUUCCUGGUUUCUCUGGGUGAAAAGUGUAAAAUUACUCUUCCUCCAGACAAUUACCUUGCGACUUAUUCGAAGAAAAUUAGGGGGAAAAUUGUUGAGAAUCGUAUUGCGGAGCUUGAUGGGAUUAGUGUAAGGGCUUUUUUUAAGUGGUGGGGUAUUACGGGUAUCAGAUCUAGUGGUGAGAAUUUGGUUUUUGAAGUUGGAAUGGUUACUGCUAAAUACCCUUCUAUGAAUUUCAAUGAAAGCCCUUAUUGUGAAGGGAAAAAGCAUUCCUCUUCCUGAGAACUCUUCAUAUUUAUUGAAGAAAGGAUCGAAAACAAACUAUUUGAUGAUUGUGCUACAUCUAAGGAAAAAAGUGAAAAAAUUAGUGAGUUAAGCAGUAGCAUCUAGCAGCAGUCUGGUAAAUGCUUAUUAGAAGUCCGUCUUCUGGAAAUAUUUUGUGGUGUUGAGUGGUCUUGUUGGUUGACCAUUCUUCUAAGGAUGGUGAUUUUUAGUUGCUCAUCAUCACAUUAAUGUCCUCACUGUAUUUCCCUAUUCAAAGCAGUGACUUAAGUAAAUUUUCUGCAACAUUUUUUUUCUAUUAUAUUCUUGGUCGACUGUACAUCAUGUACUAAUAUCGAAAUGACUCAUAACUCACUUAUCAUUGUAUUCUUUGUAUCCCAAAAUAGUUUUACCUGAAUCUGACACACCAAUGAUUGAAAUGAUAUCUGGUAAUGCUAGUCCAUCAAUGAGCUUCCUAACUAGUUCCACCUCCUCGUGAAAACCUAAUAUUAUUUGACCAGUUAUUGAUGAUGAGUGAUGUUUGAUUUGUUGGAAGAGUUAUACAAGAAUGAGACCCUAUUCUCAAGAUUUUCUCAUGUAAAUUGGACUUCUUUUGAUAAGUUUGAUCCUUUUUGUAGCAUUGGAAAGUGAGUAAAUAAAAUGCAAGAGACCAUUAUCUUUAACAAGAAUUGAACUAAUGAUAUUUUUGCCUCAUAUGCCACAUCUAAAGCAUGUGUCCGAAGAUCUCUAUAUAAUUCUUGCUCAACGUUGUUGAACAAAGAUCUUAUGAAUUCUAGGUCUUCUUUCACCAGGCCAAUAUCUUCUUUUAUAAAAGCAAUUGAAUAAGCUUGAAAUUUAGCAAAAUAUAUUUUGAUAGAGUACCUAUUCGUUAUUUUGAUAUUGUUUAAUAUAUUGGCAAGUGUUGGAGCACUUAUUAAUGAGGUAUCAGUUCUUGUACAUGACUUGAAAAGAAAUCAAGGAAUGAAGAGAGUACCAAUAAUAUUUUUUUUGCAACUCUUGACUUGUUGGAAAACAUGGAAAUCCUAAAGGGAGAUUGUUCAUUUGGAAGCCUUGGACUUAUCUCAACUCCCACUUCUCAAUGAGUGAUAGACCACUCUUUUAUGAAUCUUCUACUCAAAAACUUAAAAAAAUUGCUUAAUUUCGAAGCUCAGUCAAUUGCUUUAAUAAAGGAAGAAAUUAGACCGGUGAAAGACGACUUAGAAUUCAUAAGAUCUAUAUUCGGCAAUGUUGAGCAAGAAUUGUAUAAAGAUAUUUGCACACGUGUUUUACAAUGUGACAUAUGAGACAAAGAUGUCAUUAGUUCAAAUUUUGUUAGUGAUACUAGUCUCUUGUAUUUUAUAAACUCACUUCAGUGCUUUAGAAAAGAUUUAUCAAAGAAGAGGUCUUCAAUUUACUUAAGAAAUUCCCAGGAAUAGGGACUCAUCUUUGUGAACUCUUCCAACAAACGUGUUAAGCUCAAAUAAAGCAUGAGCUUUAAUGGAAAAAAGCGCAAAGGGUGAAAAAAAAUACACACACACAUAUAUAUAUACAUAUUUGUCCAAGCCUAAUAAUUAUAAGCAUGAAUUGCAAAUAUAUGAACAAAGAAAUUGAGAAAAAUUAACGAAUAAGGGAAAUAUCAAUUGUUUAAUGUUGCCUCUUUAAAAGAGGAUUAUUGGCAAGAAAAAGUAUACCUUAGAACCUUGAUGACGACACUAAAAUGCACAUUAGGUAAUGUUGCCUCUUUAAAAGAGGAUAAUUGGCAAGAAAAAGUAUACCUUAGAACCUUGAUGACGACACUAAAAUGCACAUUAGGUAAUGUUGCCUCUUUAAAAGAGGAUAAUUGGCAAGAAAAAGUAUACCUUAGAACCUUGAUGACGACACUAAAAUGCACAUUAGGUAAUGUUGCCUCUUUAAAAGAGGAUAAUUGGCAAGAAAAAGUAUACCUUAGAACCUUGAUGACGACACUAAAAUGCACAUUAAGGUGAAACGCUUAACACAUCUUGAGCCUUGCUUCAGGGUUUAGGUGCGCCUUUGACAACACUACAACAAACCAAAAAGCAACUUGUCAAAAAAUUGUAGGUUUUAUGGAGACAAAUUGGAUAGUGAGGAAGCUUAUCAGUGGAUCAACUGAUCAACAUACCUAGAUAUUAUUUCAAUCAUCAAUAUGGUGAGUUUAGUUAAAACUACUCUAAUACAAAGUAUGUAAUGAUAAGUCAGUUCUAGUCAUUCGACAUUUGUGUGCGGUGCACAAUCGACUAAGAAUAUAACACAAAAAAGAUGUUGCAAAAUUAUUUUAAUCAAUUCACUAAGAUUGGAUGGAAUAUUUUAAUCCAGUCACUAGAUUGAAUGGAAAUAGAGCAAGGAUAUUGAUAUUGAUAUUGGUGAUGAGUUGCAAAAAUUGGUAUAUCCUUUCCAAAGACGAACAUGACACCAUCAGAAGCCCACAAGGAGUUCAUCAAAUAUGGGUCCCCAUAGCUUUCCCAAGAACGUCAAUGAGUAUUUUUUAUACUCUGGUUCGAGCGAUCUUGUGGUUUCUCUGGGUGACAAGUAUUUUAUAAACUGUAUUUGCCUUGCUUUCUGUAGAUAAAUAGAGCCAUGCCAUGUUACAAACAUAAAUACCACAAAUUUAUGGUUCUUUUGGGUUUCCGAAAGAAUGUAACAUUUCAGGUUGUAUUUAUCUUUUAAAUUUUAAUAAAAAGGAUCUUUAGGGUCUGCUGAGAUGCUGAGAGAUCUUCCUUGUGAAAGGCUCAUGGAAAUUUCUUAAAGAAUACUAUCUUUAUUUAUGUUAUGUGCUUAGAGGUAUGUGUACUUAAAUAUGUUCACUAGGAAUCAUUUUGAAUUUUUCUUGUUGGCUAUUGGAACACCAGCUUUUGAGAAAUCAUUCCUGAUUAAUGGUCUUUUUUCUACUGUGAGUUACUUCUUUUGUUCCUCAUUUUUUUUAAAAGUUCCUGUGUAGCAUACUUCAAUAUUUCCUUAGAGUUCCAAAAAAAUUGCAAAGGUCUACAUGUUCUUUAGACAUUUUUAGACUGCUCAAAAGCAUUACACAACACUACCUUAUUUCAUUGUUGGGAACUCUUGUUUUAUGCAUUUGGUCUUUCCAAAGUAUUUGCACUACCGAGUAAAAGUCUGUGAAGUGCCCCUUUUUAUUUGAGUAACUUAAGAUUGGAGUUGGAACAACUUUCCGGGAGGAAAAAAAAAGAAAGGGAAAUAAAGGACAGCGGACACUGGACAGAAUCAUGAAGACAAGCAAAAUAAAUUAUGAUUUCAUGGAUUUUUACUUGACUUUUUUUGGAAGUUGUUGAUAUCUCAUGUUUCUUCCUUUUUUGCUGUAAGUGUGAUAGCUGACAUAAGUGGUGUUUGAGUCAUUGAGUUGUUAGUUACCUGUUUGUUAUGAUUGCUCCUUUAUUUUGCAA